AUGGCUGGGCGACCGCCUGGAGGAGGUUUCAAUACCGGACACUCGAAUAAUCGCGACGACCUCUUGCUCGAUCUCGACAAUGACCAGCCCGUCUACGGUGGCGGCCAACGCUCAAAUCUUAACGACGACGACCUGAUGCGCUUUCAUGAACAAAAUCAAGACCCCCCGCCAGGAAGAACUUCAGUAUCCUACGACGACUUUGUCGGCGCUCGAGACGCGAACCACCCUCCGGCCUCGCAUCCUCCCGGCGCUCUGGGUGUCCCUGGAUCCGGCCCGGGCUCGAAUCCUUACCUCAACAGGCAAUAUAGCCAAACGUCCGAACUUGGCAACUACCAGCGUUAUGCGGACGAUUUCGACGAUUACCCUGCUGAAGGCGAUUCGUACUACCACAACGAUGGGGGCGUAAGGGUUGACGAGCGUACACCGGGUUUGGGUAUGAACAGUGCGCGGAACCGGAACAGCGUUUUGACUAUGGGUGGGGGUUUUAUAGGCAAAGUUAAGAACAGAUUAGGCAUGGGCCAAGGUUAUUCAGAGAUGGACUUGCCUCUGACGCAGCCUGGCCAUGAUCGAGGGGAUUCUGUUGGAGGACAAUCCCAGAUGCCUCCGCAACAGGGUCAAAAGGGUAGAUUCGACAUGGGCAAUUUCAAGUUUGGAUUUGGACGAUCGAAACCAGACCCCUCGACCCUUGGCCCAAGAAUCAUCUAUCUCAACAACCCACCCGCAAACGCCGCCAACAAAUAUGUUGACAAUCAUAUCUCGACCGCCAAGUACAACGUCGCAUCGUUCUUACCGAAGUUCCUCUACGAACAGUUCUCCAAAUUCGCCAACAUCUUCUUCUUGUUCACUGCUGCACUUCAGCAGAUUCCCAACCUGUCCCCCACCAAUCCGUAUACAACCAUUGCACCUCUCACUGUAGUUCUGAUCAUUUCUGCUGGUAAAGAAUUGGUCGAGGAUUACCGCAGAAAGCAAGCCGACAACGCUCUCAAUACAUCCAAAGCACGUGUACUUCGAGGUUCCAAUUUCGAGGAAACCAAAUGGAUUAACGUGGCCAUUGGAGACAUCAUCAGGGUCGAAUCAGAGGAGCCUUUCCCUGCUGAUCUGGUUCUUCUGGCUAGUUCCGAACCCGAAGGUCUCUGUUAUAUCGAAACUGCGAACCUGGAUGGUGAGACUAACCUCAAGAUCAAGCAAGCGAUCCCGGAAACUUCGGCCAUGGUUUCGCCUAACGAGCUCAGCAGGUUGGGCGGACGUAUCAAGUCUGAACAGCCCAACAGCAGUCUUUACACGUACGAAGCAACCUUGACCAUGCAAAUGGGAGGCGGCGAGAAGGAAUAUGCGCUCAACCCAGAACAAUUGCUUCUCAGAGGUGCCACAUUACGAAACACCCCCUGGGUUCACGGUGUUGUAGUGUUUACCGGUCACGAAACUAAGCUUAUGCGUAACGCUACUGCGGCUCCCAUCAAGCGAACCAAGGUUGAAAGGAAACUCAAUUGGCUCGUCCUUUUGCUGGUAGGCAUUUUGCUGAUUCUGAGCAUCGUAUGUACUGUCGGAGACUUAAUCCAACGAAAAGUCGAAGGCAAUGCUCUCUCAUACCUUUACCUGGAUCCUACAAACACUGCCGGACAAAUCACCCAGACGUUCCUCAAGGAUAUGGUCACAUACUGGGUUCUGUUUUCGGCUCUGGUUCCCAUCUCUCUCUUUGUCACCGUUGAGAUGGUCAAGUAUUGGCACGCUAUCCUGAUCAACGACGACCUUGACAUGUACUACGAUAAAAACGAUACCCCUGCUACUUGCCGAACGUCAAGCUUGGUGGAAGAGCUGGGAAUGGUUGAAUAUGUUUUCUCGGACAAAACUGGAACCCUCACCUGCAAUCAGAUGGAGUUCAAGCAGUGUUCGAUUGCUGGAAUUCAAUACUCUGAGGAUGUACCCGAGGAUCGUCGACCAACCAUGAUUGACGGAGUCGAAGUCGGACUUUUUGAUUACAAGGCCCUCAAAUCUAACCUCGCUAAUGGACACGAGACCGCUCCUGCGAUCGAUCAUUUCUUGUCACUGCUCUCUACGUGCCAUACUGUUAUUCCGGAGAUGGACGAAAAGGGCGGUAUCAAGUACCAAGCUGCCUCUCCUGAUGAAGGUGCUUUGGUCGCUGGUGCCCUGGAUCUCGGUUACAAGUUCACUGCUCGAAAGCCCAAAUCGGUUAUCAUCGAUGCUAAUGGCAGGGAACUCGAGUAUGAGCUUCUUGCCGUUUGUGAAUUCAACUCGACCAGAAAGCGAAUGUCAACUAUCUACCGAUGCCCCGACGGCAAGAUUCGAUGUUACUGCAAGGGUGCUGAUACUGUUAUUCUGGAGCGUCUCAAUGAACACAACCCCCACGUCGAAAUCACGCUUCGACAUCUUGAGGAGUAUGCUUCUGAGGGUCUGCGAACAUUGUGUUUGGCUAUGCGAGAAGUUCCGGAGAAUGAGUUCCAGGAAUGGUACAAAAUUUACGACGCGGCCCAAAUGACAGUUGGUGGUAACCGUGCUGAUGAGGUAGACAAGGCUUCGGAAAUCAUUGAGAAGGACUUUUUCCUGCUUGGCGCCACUGCCAUUGAGGAUCGUCUUCAAGAUGGUGUUCCCGAGACAAUCCACACUUUGCAGCAGGCUAACAUCAAAGUCUGGGUUCUUACUGGAGAUCGACAAGAGACUGCCAUCAAUAUCGGUAUGAGUUGCAAGCUUCUCAGCGAGGAUAUGAUGCUUUUGAUCAUCAACGAGGAAACGGCUGCCGCUACACGGGACAACAUCCAAAAGAAAACCGAUGCUAUCAGAACACAAGGAGACGGUACCAUAGAAACUGAGACCCUGGCCCUGAUUAUCGACGGAAAAUCUCUGACGUACGCACUUGAGAAGGAUUUGGAAAAGAUGUUCCUUGACCUGGCUAUCAUGUGCAAAGCCGUCAUCUGCUGUCGUGUGUCUCCUCUUCAGAAAGCUCUUGUUGUUAAGCUGGUCAAGAAGUAUCAGAAGGAGUCAAUUCUUCUCGCUAUCGGCGAUGGAGCAAACGACGUUUCCAUGAUUCAAGCAGCUCAUAUUGGUAUCGGUAUCAGUGGUGAAGAAGGUCUCCAAGCAGCACGAAGUGCCGAUGUGGCUAUCGCCCAGUUCAGAUUUUUGCGAAAGCUAUUGCUGGUUCACGGUGCAUGGAGUUACCAACGUGUCACAAAGACGAUUCUGUUCUCUUUCUACAAGAACAUCGCACUGUACAUGACACAGUUCUGGUACACGUUCCAAAACGUUUUCUCCGGUCAAGUUAUUUACGAAUCAUGGACACUGUCAUUCUACAACGUCUUCUACACGGUUCUACCUCCCCUGGCACUCGGUAUCCUGGAUCAGUUCAUCUCAGCUCGUCUCCUGGAUCGCUAUCCUCAGCUUUACAUGAUGGGCCAGCAAAACUACUUCUUCAGACUGAAAGUCUUCCUAGAGUGGAUUGCCAACGCUAUCUAUCAUUCCAUUGUGCUCUACAUCUGGGGCGAACUUUUUUGGCAUGGUGAUCUCAUCCAGGGAGAUGGCAAGAUCGCUGGCCAUUGGGUCUGGGGUACGGCACUUUACGGUGCUACUCUCCUUACUGUACUCGGAAAGGCAGCUUUGGUCACCAACAACUGGACAAAGUACCAUGUUAUCGCCAUUCCCGGAAGCAUGGCUAUCUGGUAUGUCAUGACUGCUGUCUACGGUAUUGUCGCACCAAUGGCUGGCGUAUCCAUGGAGUACCAUGGCACCAUUCCCAGGAUCUAUGAGAGCCCUGUUUUCUGGUUACAGACGGUCUGCCUUGCCAUAAUGUGUUUGUUGCGUGACUUUGUCUGGAAGUAUGUCAAGCGCAUGUACCGCCCGCAAACAUACCACCACAUCCAGGAAAUUCAGAAAUACAACAUCCAAGAUUAUAGACCCAGAAUGGAGCAAUUCCAAAAAGCGAUUCGAAAGGUACGACAAGUGCAACGUAUGCGCAAGCAACGUGGAUAUGCCUUCUCGCAAGCAGACGAGAGUCAAACACGCGUGCUUCAAGCAUACGACACUACGAAGCAUCGUGGACGAUAUGGUGAGAUGGCCAGUUCAAGGCCAGCGGGCAGGUAA